AAAAAAAAAAGAAAUUUAUUAAGAUCUAACAUUAUUAUUCCAACUGUGUAAUCAAAUAUUAAUAAUAAUGUCAAAAGUAACAGGUUAUGAUACACACGAUGAUGGUCCUGGGUUUGUAGGAAUCAGAUUUUGUCAGGAAUGUAAUAAUAUGUUAUAUCCAAAAGAAGAUAAAGAAAAUAAAGUACUCAUGUAUGCGUGCAGAAAUUGUGAUUUCAAACAAUUAGCUGAUAGUAAUUGCAUAUAUGUAAACAAAAUUAUGCACGAAAUUGAUGAAUUGACACAUAUUGUGGCUGAUGUUAUAUCUGAUCCUACUUUACCAAGAACAGAGGACCAUCCGUGUCCUAAAUGUAAUCACAGGGAAGCUGUAUUUUUUCAAGCUCAAACUAGAAGAGCUGAGGAAGAAAUGAGAUUGUAUUAUGUAUGUACAAAUCAACUUUGUUCCCAUAGGUGGACAGAAUAAAUU